AAAAAGAACUGCUUACUUCUCUGCAUCAGACAUUUGAUUCAACUUUUAUAACAUUCAUUUCUUUUAACAUAGAAGGCCCCGAGGUUACACAGAUGAAAAUUGAUUGAAAGAAGUGUUCAGUAUGAAUUGCUCCACACUGCUAUCUCUCACUCUGAUGCUGGUUCAACUUUCGCCUUGCUCUCCAAGCACACAGAACUGCAGCACUCAAAAAACAGAUCAGUCUCUCAUAGCAGUUCGGAGAAUGAAACGUGGCUGGGUAUGGGAACCACUUUUUGCAACUGAGGAACAGACUUCAGUGGUGCCUCUGUAUAUUGGACAGGUGAAAUCAGACUUAGACAAGCAGGAUGGCAACCUAAAAUACAGUUUGACUGGGGAAGGAGCUGGAAACAUUUUUUUUAUUGAUGAAAACAAUGGCAAAAUUUAUGUGAAGCAAAAGCUGGAUCGAGAAAAGAAAGCCUUCUACACUCUAAGGGCACAAGCAAUUAACAGGAGCACUCAGCUUCCAGUUGAACCUGAAUCUGAAUUUAUUAUCAAGGUUCGAGAUGUCAAUGAUCAUGAACCACAGUUCUUGGAUGGACCUUAUAUGGUCAGUGUUUCAGAGAUGUCACCUGAAGGCACUUCGGUUACACAGGUAACAGCUACAGAUGGUGAUGAUCCUUCUUAUGGGAACAGUGCCCGUCUACUUUACAGUCUUAUUCAGGGACAGCCUUAUUUCUCUGUGGAGCCAAAGACAGGGGUCAUCAGAAUGGCUUCCCAAAUGGAUAGAGAAACAAAAGAUCAGCACUUGGUCAUCAUCCAAGCUAAAGAUAUGGUUGGGCAAGCGGGGGCAUUUUCAGCAACAGCCACUGUUACCAUCAAUCUUUCUGACGUCAAUGACAAUCCACCUAAAUUUCAGCAGCAACUCUACUAUAUGACUGUCUCUGAAGAUGCUCCUGUGGGCACUACUAUGGGAAAAGUCUUUGCAGAAGACAGUGACAUAGGGGAAAAUGCAGCCAUGGACUAUUUCAUUGAAGGGGAUAGCUCAGAUGUUUUUGACAUCAUUACUAGCAAUGAGACUCAAGAAGGAAUUAUCAUAUUAAAAAAGAGAGUGGAUUAUGAGAGUAAGAGGACAUACAGUAUUAAAGCAAAAGCUGUAAACAGGUACAUUGAUGACCGUUUUCUGAAAGAAGGACCAUUUGAGGACAACACCAUUGUCAGAAUCAAUGUGGAAGAUGUUGAUGAACCUCCAGUUUUCACCUUGGAUAAUUAUGUGAUGGAGAUUUCUGAAGGGGCUAUGAAUGGCUCACUGGUUGGCAUUGUAACUGCUAGAGAUCCAGACAAUGAUGACUGCCCAAUCAGGUACUCCAUUGUCCAUGGCAUACAUUUAAAGAGAUUGUUCAGCAUCAAUGAAUACAAUGGAACAAUCAUUACAACUAAACCUCUGGACCGAGAGAAAGCUUCCUGGCACAACAUAACUGUUACAGCCACAGAAACAAGAAAUCCUGAAAAAAUUUCAGAAGCAAGUGUAUAUAUCCAAGUUCUUGAUGUUAAUGAUCAUGCACCAAGAUUCCCUAUAGAUUAUGAAACAUUCGUUUGUGAAAAUGCAGUUUCUGACCAGCUAAUUCAAAUCAUCAGUGCAGUGGAUCAAGAUGACUCACCAGAAGGUCAUCAUUUUUACUUCUCAUUGGCUCAGGAGGCCACAAACGACUCACAUUUUACUGUCAAAGAUAAUCAAGAUAACACAGCUACAAUUUUCACAGCAAAAAGUGGCUUCAGGAGAGAGGAGCAGUUUUCUUUCUACCUACCAAUCUUAAUUCUGGAUAAUGGAAUCCCACCACAGACAAGCACAAAUACUCUUACCAUCACUGUCUGCGACUGUGACACUGAAGUUAACACUUUAUACUGUCGAUACAAAGCUUUCUUGUAUUCCAUGGGUCUCAGCACAGAAGCUUUAGUUGCAGUUUUAGCUUGCAUACUGAUACUUCUAGUGUUCAUUUUGGCAAUUAUAACUAUAAGGCAGCAGAGAAAGAAGUCUCUCUUUUCAGAGAAAAUGGAAGAAUUCAGAGAGAACAUUGUCAGAUAUGAUGAUGAAGGAGGUGGAGAAGAGGACACAGAAGCCUUUGAUAUUUCAGCCCUGAGAACCCACACUGUCAUGAGAACACACAAGCCUAGGAAGAAAGUCACCACAGAAAUUCACAGCCUCUACAGACAGUCUCUGCAGGUUGGACCAGACAGUGCAAUCUUCAGGCAAUUCAUUUCAGAAAAGCUUGAAGAAGCAAAUACAGAUCCUAGCGCUCCUCCGUAUGACUCACUUCAGACCUAUGCAUUUGAGGGCACUGGCUCCUCGGGAGGAUCCCUCAGCUCUUUAAGUUCAAACAUGUCAGAUGCAGAUCAGAGUUACGACUACCUUACAGACUGGGGACCUCACUUUAAAAAUCUCGCAGGCAUGUACACUUCCCAUAAAAGUAUGGGGGAUUAGUUACUCUUUGUUUUGUUUUUCCUAAGUCUCAAAAACCCAAAUCAGCUGUGGAUUUUUAAAAGGAGAUCACCCCACAUUUAAGCAUGAAAAAUAAAAGCCCCAGAUUUAGGAUUUUUUUCCUAGAAAGCCUUGAAUGUAGAGAUCAUUUGAAAAAUUGUACCAGGUGUAUUAUCAAAUGAGAGGAUGAAGACUUCCUUUUGGAAAUCUCAUGGCAAUUUAGGUGCCCAAAUGAAAAUUGUGCUGCUUUGGAUAUCUAGGUCCCAUUCUGGAUAUUGAAAACCUGGGUCCUGUAAGUACAAAAAGAGGAGGAGAGCCAUAAAUGAAUAUUGUAAAUAUUCUGUCACCCAUAAGCUUUAAACUGUUUCCAAAGUUGAGAGACUUUAGUUGUUGCAGCUGAAUAUAUUCAUUAACCAAAGUUUAAAAUAUAUAUUUGUAUAAUGUUUCAUUACAUAAAUAUAAUUUUGUGGAAAAGUAGACCCUAUGUAUUCUAAUACAAUUGUCAGAAGCACUCACAGAAUCAUCUAUUUAUUGUUCUUAAUAUGAUAAAACUAAAACAAAUGUCUUUUCCUAUCAGUGUAAAAAUAAA